AAGAGUGAGGAAGUAGGAGGGACUGCAGAAAAGAAAACCCACAAAAACAUCCUGCAGAGAGAAGAAAAAUGAAGAAAACUUUCUCCUAAGAAUUGAAUGUUUCAGAACUUCUGUUCAAGACACAGUUAACUGGAGAAACAAGGAACAUCUGAUUAAUCGGGCUGUAAGUAUGUGAAGGAUGAUGGCGUCUGUUAAAGAGCUGCUCGUAGAUUCACUGAAGGAGCUGGUAGAAGCUGAACUGAAAGAGUUUCAUUGGCGCUUAAAUUGUGAGCAUUUAUCAAGGUCUGAAUUGGAAAAGGCGGAUAGAUUUGACACAGUAGACAAGAUGAUAAAAUGUUUUGGACCAGAUGAAGCUGUGAAGGUUACAGUAGAGAUGCUGAGAAAGAUGAAGCAAAAUUAUCUGGCUGAACAGUUGGAGAAAAAUUACAAGCAAGCUCAGACUGAGGGCAAUAUGAAGAAAUCUGCUGCGGUUGGAGGUGAUUCACUACAUAUCCGGGAGCUGCAAAACUUUUUUGAAUCUCACAAAACAAACAUGAAGAAUAAAGCUAAAUGUAUUUUUGAAGGAAACAAAGAAAAUGAAGCACAACUCAAGGCUGUUUACACAGAUCUGUUCAACAGAGGAGAUAUGAAAGAGGUCAAUCACGAACAUGAGAUUCUGAAGAUUGAUGAUGCUUUUAAGAUUAAAAAAACACAGGACAAACCGAUCAAAUGCAAUGAUAUAUUUACUGAACUGAGGAAAAACAGUCAGAAAAAUACUGUGCUGACCAAAGGAGUCGCUGGCAUAGGAAAAACUGUCUCUGUGCACAAGUUCAUCCUGGACUGGGCAGAAGGAGAAUCUAACCAGGAUAUUCACUGUGUGUUUCUGCUUCCAUUCAGAGAAAUUAAUUUAAUGACAAAUGAAGAUUUCAGUCUCCAUGAGUUUCUGCUGGAAUUUUAUCCUGACCUGGAGAACCUGGAGAAAUCAAAGCUAUAUAAGGGAUGUAAGCUAGCAUUUAUAUUUGAUGGACUUGAUGAGAGUCGGCUGCCUCUAAAUUUUAGAUGGAAAUCAAUGAAAACUACUGAGAAAAAAGCAUCUGUAGAUGUGCUCUUUACAAGUCUGGUCAAAGGAACUCUGCUUCCAUCAGCUCUUGUCUGGGUCACAUCACGACCAGCAGCAGCCAAUCAGAUUCCUCCUCGGUAUGUGGGUUUGUUUACAGAGGUGCGAGGAUUCACUGACCAACAGAAGGAGAAGUACUUCAGAAAGAGAAUCAAAGAUGAGAGUCUGUCCUCCAGAAUCAUCUCACACAUUAAGACGUCUCGUAGUCUCUACAUCAUGUGCCACAUUCCUGUGUUCUGCUGGAUCACAGCCACAGUACUUCAGGAUAUUCUCACUGAGAACAGUGAAGUGAAGAUCAGCACAACACUCACUGAAAUGUACAUUCACUUCCUGCUUAUACAGAUGGACAUGAAGAACCAGAAAUAUGAAGAACAAGAAGAAAGAGAAUUCAUAGAACACUUAGAAGCAAACAGGGAAAUUAUUUUGAAAUUAGCCAAGUUAGCAUUUGAACAGCUAAAAAAGGAAAACAUUGUGUUCUAUAAGGAUGAUCUAAAAGAAUGUGGUAUUGAUGCGAGUAAAGACAUUGAGUUCACAGGAAUGAUUGCUGAGAUCUUCAAAAGGGAACAUGGAAUUCAUGGAGCAAAGGUCUUCUGCUUUGUGCAUCUGAGUGUUCAAGAGUUUCUUGCUGCAGUGCAUGUGUUCAUCUGCUAUCUGAACAAGAACAUGCAGGAGCUUCAGUUUUUCUUUGAUGAGCCAGAAGAAAAUAUAACAAUGGAGACGUUACUGCAGAAGGCUAUUGAAAAAAACAUGAACAAUAAGAGAGGACAUCUGGACCUGUUCCUACGGUUUUUGUUGGGCAUUUCACUGAAAUCCAGUCAACACCUGCUUAAAGGCCUGUUCCAACACAACGAAGACUCCACAGAGAGUCUCUCAAAAAUAAGUGAAUACAUUAAACAAGAACAAAACAAGCACAAUAUCUCAGAUGAAGCUCUAGUCAACCUAUUCUACUGCUUACUUGAACUCAAGGAUCAUUCAAUAUAUGAGGAAAUCCAGAGUUACCUCAGUUCAGAUGAACAUCCAGAAAGAGAUCUCUCAUCUUCAAUGUGCACAGUCCUGACCUACAUACUGUUGAUAUCAGAGAAGGUGCUGGAUGAGUUCAACCCAAAGAGGUUCACAUCAUCAUCUUCAAAUUCCGCUAUACUCUUGUCAGCUGUGAAAUGCUGCAGAAAAGCACUAUUUGAUGGCUGUGGUUUUAAUGAAACAUGCUGUGAAACUGUGUCUUCUGCUCUACAAUCAUCAAACUCUCAUCUGAUAGAGCUGAACCUGAGCAGCAAUCACCUGCAGGAUUCAGGAGUGAAGCUGCUUUCUGAUGGACUGAAGAGUUCACACUGUCGACUGAACAUACUGAGGCUGAGUGGUUGUAAUUUCACUUCUCAAUCCUGUGAAAGUUUGUCUUUAGCUCUACAGUCCUCAAAAUCUGUCCUGAGAGAGCUGGAUCUGAGUAACAAUGACCUUCAGGAUUCUGGAGUUAAACUUCUUUCUGAAGGACUAAAGAGUUUAAACUCUAAGCUGGAGAUACUGAGAUUUUCCAUCUGUAAUCUCACCGCACUGUCUUGUGGGAGUUUGUCAUCAGUUUUACAAUCUUCAAACUCUGUCCUGAGAGAGCUGGACCUGAGUAACAAUGACCUGCAGGAUUCAGGAGUGAAGCUUCUUUCUGAUGAAAUAAGGAGUCCAAACUCUAAGUUAGAGACACUAAGGUUGUCUGGCUGUAUGGUGACUGAGAAAGGCUGUGAAUAUAUAUUUUUAGCUCUGAGUUCAAACCCUUCACACCUGAAAGAGCUGGAUCUGAGCUACAAUCACCCAGGAGAUUCAGGAGUCAAGCUAAUCUCAGAAAAACUGGAGGAUCCACACUGCUCACUGAACAAACUCAAUGUGUAUCAUGGAGAGGAAUCCAGGAUUAUAGCAGGACUGAAGAAAUAUGCCUGUUUUCUCACACUGGAUGCAAACACAGCAAGCAAUCAUCUCCUUCUGUCUGAGGACAACAGAAAGGUGAUGUGGGUGCCUCAUUGUAAUCAGCUAUAUCCGGAUCAUGCAGACAGAUUUGAUAAUCCUCAGGUGUUUUGUCGAGAAAGAGUGUAUGGGCGCUGUUACUGGGAGAUUGAGUGGAGUGGAGAAGUGUAUAUAGCAGUGUCAUAUAAAAGCAUCAGAAAGAAGGGACGAAGUUAUGAGUGUUGGUUUGGAGGUACCGAUCAGUCCUGGAGUUUGUUCUGCAAUUCUGUAUAUUACUCAUUCAGACACAAUAACAAAGAGACUCAUCUCUCUGUGAAGCCCAUCAUCAUCAGAAAAACAGAAGUGUUGAAGUUCCAUAGAACAGGAGUGUAUGUGGAUAAGAGCGCAGGAACUCUGUCCUUCUACAGCAUCUCUGACACAAUCACACAUAUCCACACAGUCCAGACCACAUUCACUCAGACCCUCUAUCCUGGGUUUACUGUGUCUUAUUUCGGAUCACUGGAUCUGUGUUGAUGAAUCAGAA